CAAAAACGACAAAUCGUGUUGUGAUAAAGUAUUUUUGGGUGUUUACAUUAUUAUUAAGUUAAAAUGUCUGCAUUUAAACAGUUAAGAGAUGUCAGCAACGCCUUCGAGCAGCAGUUGCGCAGUAUAUCUUCUGAACUAUUCUCAGCGAAAAUACAAGAGCCUUUUGAAGAAGGACUAUCAAACAAACUACAAGAUUUAACUUUUUUAACUUCAAAAUUAAGGCUGUUAAAAGCUAAACCUUUAUCUGCCUUACCACAAAUCACAGAAGGUCCGAAAUCGCAAGAAACAAUAAACGCAUAUGGGGAGUUAGCCAAAUGGAAGGUUCUAGAACAGACUAUAGUAAAAUCUUUGACACAAGCGCAUGCAGUGAAGGCUCUCAUUACAACGCCGGAUCGAAAUUUAGACCCUGAUCUUGUAGAAAGGAAAGAGCAAAUAACGACAGCACUCAAGGAGUUUCGCCAUCAAGAAUCACAGCUCCGUCACUUAAAGAAUUUGGAAGCAGAGAAAGAGGCAGAACUAGCUGCUACCAGAUGUCUCUGGGAUCAGGAACUGACACAGCUUAGAGAGAUGAGAGAAUCCGGCAACUACUUCGAAGAAUAUGAUGUAUCAAGCCCUAUGUAUAAAAAACUCCGCACCGUGGUCGAUAAACUGGAGCUAAUGCGGUGGUUGGUUGGAAGAUUGGUGACGUCACGAGGGUCACGUGAUUGGCUCGCGACCCCCGACCGCACGGCCCAUCUACUCCGAUUGGCCACCAAACACAACACCGUCGAUACAUUCCUUAAAGACUAAAUUCCUUUGACAAAAUAUUUUGUAAACUUUACGAAUCAAUAAAACAAGUUGU